CUAAAGAGGAUUAAUGUGGAUCAGAAAGAGACGACAUGCCGCUGAAAAGAGACGAUACUGAACGUGCUCUACAGGUGAUGGAGGCCUGUCAGGCCGGAGCUACUGAAGGGGUCAAAGGUCGUGCCGAAAAGCUGCUCAACAUCUUUCAGAGUGACCUGUUCCAGGCUCUGCUGGACAUACAGGAGUUCUACGAGCUGACGGUGUGUGAGAACCAGACAGCAGGACAACCCAACACACCUGGACAGAAGUAUCGCUACCAAGACGAUGAGACUCCACCUGUUGACCCCAGCCCUGGUCCCAUGACUCUUGGACGCAGCACCGAGCUCAGCCAUACACACCUGGACGGAUACACACACGCCGCUGCACUCACCAUGAACGGAUCAGAGGGAGAACUGGAGUAUGAGGAGAUCACACUGGAGAGAGGUAAUUCUGGUCUUGGCUUCAGUAUCGCUGGAGGAACAGAUAACCCACACAUUGGGGACGACCCAUCGAUCUUUAUCACCAAGAUCAUCCCUGGUGGCGCUGCGGCUCAGGAUGGACGCCUCAGGGUGAAUGAUAGCAUAGUAUUUGUUAACGAGGCGGACGUGCGUGAGGUCACACACUCUACAGCUGUGGAGGCUCUAAAGGAGGCGGGGCCUGUUGUGAGGCUGUAUGUCCUGCGGCGACGCCCACCGAGUGAACGCAUCACACAGAUCAAGCUGAUGAAAGGACCCAAAGGUCUGGGAUUCAGUAUAGCAGGCGGUGUGGGGAACCAGCAUGUUCCUGGAGAUAACAGUAUCUAUGUCACCAAGAUCAUUGAGGGAGGGGCGGCGCACCGUGAUGGACGGCUACAGAUUGGGGACAAAAUCCUGGCGGUGAACCACAUGUCUCUGGAGGACGUCCUGCAUGAAGACGCCGUGUCGGCUCUGAAAAAUACGGACGAGGUCGUCUAUCUGAAGGUGGCCACACCCACCUCGCAGUACAUCCACCCGGCCGAUCGCUACAGUCCCCCUGACCUGACCAGCUCCUACAUGGAGCCGGACUACAUGUGUGAUUACCCACAAGCCCUCCCUCCUCCAUCACCACGACGAUACUCACCCAUCCCCCGGGGGAUGAUGGGAGAGGAUGACUACUCCCGGGAGCCUCGCAGAGUCUGCGUGCAGCGCGGGUCAACCGGUCUGGGCUUCAACAUCGUUGGUGGAGAAGACGGAGAGGGAAUCUUCAUCUCCUUCAUCCUUGCAGGAGGACCGGCGGACCUGAGUGGAGAACUCCGGAAGGGAGACCAGAUCCUGAGCGUGAAUGGCGUGGACCUCAGGUAUGCGACACACGAGCAGGCCGCUGCAGCUCUGAAGAACGCAGGACAAACUGUUACCAUAGUAGCUCAGUACAGACCUGAGGAGUACAGUCGCUUCGAGGCUAAGAUCCACGACCUGAGGGAGCAGAUGAUGAACAGCACGUCUGGGAGUCUGAGAACCAACCGCAGCGUCUACGUCAGAGCGCUGUUUGACUACGAUAAGCAGUGGGACUGCGGCGUCCUCUCGCAGGCGCUGGACUUUAACUUUGGCGACGUCCUUCACGUGAUGGACAGCGCCGAUGACGAGUGGUGGCAGGCACGGCGGGUCAGCCAGCAGGGGGAGCUAGAGGAGCUGGGAUACAUCCCGUCCAAACACAGGGUGGAGAGGAAGGAGUGGUCAAGGAUGAAGAGUAAAGGGCGAGAAGGUUUUGUCCACAGCUACGAACUUAUCACUCAGAUUGAAGUUGACUACGCUCGUCCUGUCAUAAUUCUGGGGCCGACCAAAGACCGGGUCAACGACGACCUUCUCUCGGAAUACCCCGACAAGUUUGGCUCCUGCGUCCCACACACGACUCGUCCGCAGAGAGACUACGAGGUCGAUGGGCGAGACUACCACUUUGUGUCGUCACGGGAACAGAUGGAGCGAGACAUCCAGUCGCAUCGCUUCAUCGAGGCGGGGCAGUACAAUAACCACCUGUACGGGACGUCGGUGCAGAGUGUCAGACAGGUGGCCGAGCAGGGGAAGCACUGCAUCCUGGACGUUUCGGCCAACGCUAUAAGGAGGCUCCAGGCGGCGCAGCUCCACCCCGUCGCCAUCUUCAUCCGACCACGUUCCCUGGAGAACAUCCUGGACCUGAACAAGCGUCUGUCCGAGGAUCAGGCACGAAAAGCUAUGGACCGCGCCAUCAAACUGGAGCAGGAUUUCCUCGAGUGUUUCACAGCCAUCGUCCAUGGCGACAGCUUCGAGGAGGUCUACCACCAGGUCAAAGCUGUCAUCGAAGAGCAGAGCGGCCCCUACAUUUGGGUACCUGCACGCGACAGACUCUGAUUGGCUGCUGCCGAGCCAAGGGGCGCCUUCUCCAUGGAAACCGCCACCAAUUUACCCCCACAGCUCAGCCCACCCCUCCCCUCAGCACCUCCUCCUCUGAGGCGGGAAUAACCGGGUGGAGAGCAGACGCCGCUUUUAAUCUUUUGGUUUUUUUGUCGUUCAUUCUUUGGGACGGUGACGCUGAUUGGGUGGCUACUGCCGUAGCCAUGACAACAAGAAGGGGGUGGAGUGGGGCGCACCUGUCCGUCUGUGUGACAGCUGAUCGACUGAUUGGUUUUGUGUUGAUCAAUAAUCCUGUAUUAUCAGUAAAUAAUGAAUCAGACUGUAGAGUUCAGUUGGUAUUGAAGUAUUUAUAUUCACUUAUUUAUUAAUUAAUUUAUCUAUUUAUUGAUCGAUUGAUUGGCUGAGUUAUGUGACGUGAAGACCGGUGAGUGAGUGUGUGUGUGUGAGCGUGUGUGUGUGCGUGUGUUAGUGUUGUGUACAUAAAGACUUGUGUGACUGUAAAUAAAACGAUGGGGCUCAAACACACAGUCUA